AUGUGGAAGAAGAGUGUUGCCGUCCUCAGCGCUAUUGCCGGUUUGGCAAUGGCUGCUCCUGUCCCUCAAGACGCUGUCGCCGCUCCUGCUACUACCAAAUACAUCAUCACCCUCAAGCCUGGCAUUGAUCCUGAAAUCGGCAUCUCGCACAUCAACUACGCUAGUGAUCUCCACCGUCGUGGUAUCUACCGCCGUCAGGAGAAUGGUACCGUCGAGGAAGAUCUGAAGGUCAUCAAGGUUGCAGACUUCAAUGCUUAUGCUGGUUCUUUCGAUGAGGAGACUAUUGCUGAGCUCAGAGCUAGCGACGAGGUCGCCGCUAUCGAGGAGGAUCUUCCUAUCUACAUGAGUGCCAUCACCUCUCAGACCGGCAGCACUUGGGGCCUUGGCCGUAUCUCGCAGCGCAACUACGCCGCCAACACUUACUACUACGACACCACCGCUGGCGCUGGUACUUACGGCUAUGUCAUUGACUCUGGCAUCAACAUCAACCACAGAGAGUUCGAGGGCCGCGCUUCUCUUGGCUCGAACUUUGUUGGUGGUUCUCACAUUGACGAUGCUGGUCACGGUACUCACGUCGCUGGUACUAUCGGUGGUGCUACUUACGGUGUCGCCAAGAAGGCUAACCUCAUCUCCGUCAAGGUCUUUGGUUCUUCCGGAUCCAGUGCCACUUCCACCAUCAUGAAGGGCUUCGAGUGGGCUGCCAACGAUAUCAUCAACAAGGGUCGUGCUGGCAAAGCCGUCAUCAACAUGUCUCUUGGAUCUGAAGACUCAGUCUCUACCUCCUUCAACAACCUUGUCAACGCCGCUACUCAGCAAGGUGUUCUGUCCGUUGUCGCUGCCGGAAACGGUGUCAGCGACCCUCAAACCGGCGCCUUUGUCGAAGCCAUUGACGCCUCUCGCACCUCGCCCGCCUCGGCCUCUUCCGCCAUCACUGUCGGCGCCAUCGGCAGCAACAACGCCCGCGCCUACUUCUCCAACUUCGGCAGCACUGUUGAUGUCUUCGCCCCUGGUCUCAACGUCCUUUCUGCCUGGAUUGGCUCUACCACCGCCACCAACACCAUCUCUGGCACUUCCAUGGCUUGCCCUCACGUCGUUGGUCUUGCUCUUUACCUCAAGGGUCUCGAGUCUGGUCUUACCAGCCCUUCUGCUAUCACUAGCAGAAUUAUUGCUUUGUCUACUACUGGUCAGGGUACUGACCUCAAGAGCGGCAGCCCCAACCGUAUUGUUUACAACAACAGCGGUCGUUAG